AGUCAACCGUAUGAUGGCAGUUGAGUGGGUUUUGAAAAAUGUCUGAAGUAUAGUGGCUGCAUCUACCUUCUGCCUUUAAAAAAGAAUACAUGGGACAUUUAAGACGAGAGCUAUAUUAAAAGAAGAUUAAUGCAAAUGGCUUCAGAAUCUCUAAAUGUAAAACAAGGUAGGAGUCACUUUACCAAGGGCAAAAGACAGCAGCAGCAGCAGCAGCAAAUAAAGAACAGAGCUUCAGUUCCCGAUGGAGAUGGAGAAGACUCCUUUAUCUUUGAAGCAAAUGAAGCUUGGAAAGAUUUUCAUGGUUCUCUUCUUCGGUUUUAUGAGAAUGGAGAACUCUGUGAUGUCACUCUGAAGGUUGGCUCAAAGCUAAUCUCUUGUCACAAACUGGUAUUGGCCUGUGUUAUCCCCUACUUCAGAGCCAUGUUUCUCUCUGAAAUGGCUGAAGCCAAGCAGACGCUCAUCGAAAUCAGAGAUUUUGAUGGUGACGCAAUAGAAGACUUGGUCAAGUUUGUCUAUUCUUCACGACUCACUUUGACUGUAGAUAAUGUCCAGCCUCUCUUGUAUGCAGCCUGUAUCCUGCAGGUGGAACUGGUUGCUAGAGCUUGUUGUGAAUACAUGAAGCUACAUUUUCAUCCCUCCAAUUGCCUGGCAGUAAGAGCCUUUGCAGAAAGUCACAAUCGAAUAGACUUAAUGGACAUGGCCGAUCAGUAUGCCUGCGAGCAUUUCACUGAAGUAGUCGAGUGUGAAGACUUUGUAAGUGUGUCACCCCAGCACCUGCACAAGCUUCUGUCCUCCAGCGAUCUAAAUAUUGAGAAUGAAAAGCAGGUCUAUAGUGCUGCCAUCAAGUGGCUUCUUGCUAACCCUCAGCAUCAUUCCAAAUGGUUGGAUGAAACACUUGCACAGGUCCGUCUGCCAUUGUUGCCAGUGGAUUUUCUUAUGGGUGUUGUGGCAAAAGAACAGAUUGUGAAGCAAAAUCUAAAAUGUAGAGAUUUACUGGAUGAAGCAAGAAAUUACCACCUUCAUUUGAGUAGCAGAGCAGUACCUGACUUUGAAUACUCUGUUCGGACAACCCCAAGGAAGCAUACUGCUGGUGUGCUGUUCUGUGUAGGUGGCCGAGGUGGCUCUGGCGACCCCUUUCGCAGUAUCGAAUGCUAUUCUAUCAACAAAAACAGCUGGUUCUUUGGACCGGAAAUGAAUAGCCGAAGGCGACACGUGGGUGUAAUCUCCGUGGAAGGUAAAGUGUAUGCAGUAGGUGGACAUGAUGGCAAUGAGCAUUUAGGUAGCAUGGAGAUGUUUGAUCCGCUCACUAAUAAAUGGAUGAUGAAGGCAUCAAUGAACACAAAGAGGCGAGGUAUUGCUUUGGCCUCCUUAGGUGGCCCAAUUUAUGCAAUCGGAGGGUUAGAUGACAACACUUGCUUCAAUGAUGUGGAGAGGUACGACAUAGAAUCUGAUCAGUGGAGUACGGUGGCACCGAUGAAUACUCCCCGUGGAGGAGUUGGCUCUGUGGCUCUCAUAAACCAUGUUUAUGCAGUAGGUGGCAAUGACGGAGUGGCUUCUUUGUCUAGUGUGGAGAGGUAUGAUCCCCAUCUGGAUAAGUGGAUAGAAGUUAAAGAAAUGGGUCAACGAAGAGCAGGCAAUGGAGUUAGUGAGCUUCAUGGUUGCUUAUAUGUUGUUGGUGGUUUUGAUGAUAAUUCUCCUCUGAGUUCAGUUGAGCGUUACGAUCCUCGAAGCAACAAGUGGGAUUAUGUGGCUGCACUUACCACUCCCAGGGGUGGAGUGGGGAUCGCGACCGUGAUGGGCAAAAUCUUCGCAGUCGGUGGUCAUAACGGCAAUGCAUACCUAAAUACAGUAGAAGCAUUUGAUCCAGUGCUGAACAGAUGGGAGCUUGUUGGAUCUGUAUCUCACUGCCGAGCCGGAGCAGGUGUAGCUGUGUGUGCCUGUUUAACUAGCCAGAUUCGAGAUGUAGGUCAUGGAUCCAAUAAUGUGGUUGACUGUAUGUGAUUCGAACUCCAGCCACCAGCAAUUUAGUCACAUCUGAUAAGCAAGCAAGACAACCAAGACUUUGAUAGGAUCACCUUUGAAAAGUUGUGACUACAACUCAAGUUUAUUUAAAUGUUAACUGUUAAAUUGUAACUAAAUAUGACUU